UGACUCCUGUCUCGCCCGGGAGAGAGAAACGUCGUCGUCGGUAGUUGUUAAAUAUCCUCUGCUCUGCUCUUGGUUGUAAUUGCUACAACGAUGGUAAUCGUGAAUCAGACUCAGUACGAAUACGAACCGGGGUCUUCAUGCUAUCGUUAAUUUUUAACACAAAACGCCCUCGCAAGUACCCGGUGCGUUUUAUAACACCAAAUAUAAACAAUAAUUAGACAUUUAAAUACAUUAAAUAAUAUAUAUAAAUAUAUAUGUAUACAUUACCUUUCACUUUACAUUAUUACACACACAUAAUAAAUUUAAUUAUUAUUAUUAUCAAUUAAAUAACCCAAGUAUGCACGUUUGUCAGCGCACUGGAUGUUGCUAAAAAAUUCCCAGGCUGAAAUUGCCGAUAAUUUAUUCCCGUAAAAAAUAAGUAAAUAAACAAACACGGCUAUUAAAAUUAACAAAAAGAGAGCGUUAAAAAAAUAAUAGUGUUACGUGGGUGUGAAGUGAGGGUGGGUUAUGGAGCUUUAUCCAUAUCGCGUGUAUUUACUUUUAUCCUCGAUUAUUUUAACAUGUUUCAUUGUCGGAACUUCGAGAGCAUCCGAUGGGAUCCCCGCAGAUCCUCAAAAAGUAUGUCCCUUGAGGCAGUUUCAAUGUAAAAAUGGUAAUUGCUUGCCUAUGCCAUGGGUCUGUGAUGGCUCAGACGACUGUAAAGAUAACUCAGAUGAAAUUCCAAGCAUAUGCAAACCGAAAUCAUGCAACCAAACUGAAUUCAAGUGCAAGAGCGGCAAGUGUAUACCCGGAAAUUGGCAGUGUGACAACGAACAUGACUGCUAUGAUGGCUCUGACGAGGAUCCUGCUGUUUGCCGGCUGAAACCAUGCAGUAGGGAAACAGAAUUUCAAUGUAGUCCAGGUGAAUGCAUCGUUAAAUUCUGGAUUUGUGAUCACCAAAAUGAUUGUCAAAAUGGAGCAGAUGAGAUAAAUUGUCACAAUACCAAAAAUUGUACAGUGGACCAGUUCACAUGCCGUUCAGGCAACGGUGAAUGUGUGGCACUGGCUUGGAUGUGCGACGAUAACCCAGACUGCUCAGAUGGUUCUGACGAGGCUGACUGCAAUGAUACCUGCCGGUCGGACCAAUUUACCUGUGCAAACAAAAAGUGCAUCCAAAGCAGCUGGGUGUGCGACCAAGACGAAGAUUGCGACGACGGAAGUGACGAGAAAAAUUGUCCACCAACGACCUGUCGUCCAGGCACUGAUUUCGCGUGCGCUCAGGGAUACUGCAUCACGUCUCGUUGGAGGUGUGACGGUGAUUACGACUGUCCGGACCAUUCCGACGAGCUGGGAUGUAAAAACAUCGAUAAGCAUUCGAGCUAUUGUGCUGAGCACGAGUUUCACUGUGGUGAUCACUUGACUUGCAUUCACCGGACUUGGGUUUGCGAUAAUGAAAAAGAUUGUCCGAACGGAUCAGACGAGUCUCCCGAGAGGUGUCAUAACAUAACUUGUCGGGCUGAUCAGUUUCAAUGUGGAGAUCGGACAUGUAUUUCAGGCCACUCAUAUUGCGAUGGAAAGCCCGACUGCAAAGACAGCAGCGACGAGAAAAAUUGCACAACAAAAGCAUCGGCCUGUGAUUCACAUACACAGUUUGAGUGUAGCGAGGGCUCUUGUAUACCAUUGGAUCGGGUUUGUGACAAGAAGCCAGACUGUAUUGGUUGGGAAGACGAGAGCCAAGAGCGAUGUGGUGUCAAUGAAUGCUUGAAAAACAAUGGUGACUGCACGCAAAUAUGUGUUGAUAUGCCAAUUGGUUACAGAUGCGCCUGUCGACCUGGUUACCGGCUCAUCGAUAAUCGCACGUGUGACGACAUAGACGAGUGUCUUGAGCCCGGAAGUUGCUCGCAGUACUGUUUCAAUGAGAAGGGCACAUUUAAAUGUACGUGUGCUUCUGGUUAUCUUCGAGACCCGAAGAAUGUCACGAGGUGUAAAGCUGCCGAGGGACAUGCCAGUCUAUUGUUUGCUCGUCGACAUGACAUCAGAAAAGUAGCGCUAGAUAGACAAGAAAUGACGGCUAUUGUCAAUAAUACCAAAAUGGCAACGGCGUUAGAUUUUGUAUUUCGUACGGGUAUGAUAUUCUGGAGUGACGUACACGAGAAAAAAAUUUACAAAGCUCCAAUUGACGAGGGUAAUGAGCGGACAGUAGUUAUUGACAAGGAUUCAACGACAACUGAUGGGCUUGCUGUCGAUUGGAUUUAUAAUCAUAUUUAUUGGACGGAUGCUGGGAAGAACACCAUUGAGCUUGCUAAUUUUGAAGGUAAUAUGCGUAAAACGUUGAUUAAGGAUCAAAUACAAGAGCCCAGAGCUAUUGCAUUGAAUCCACUGGAGGGAUGGAUGUUUUGGACAGAUUGGGGUGAUGAGGCACGCAUUGAAAGAGCCGGGAUGGAUGGAUCUCAUCGAUCAGUUAUUGUGGGGAGCGAAGUCACGUGGCCGAAUGGUCUCACGCUGGAUUUAAUCGGUAGAAAAGUAUACUGGGUUGACGCUAAAUUGCACAUUAUCGCAUCGUGCAAUUACGAUGGAACUGGAAGACGCACUGUUUUAUAUUCACAAGAUAAUUUAAGACAUCCGUUCAGUAUAACGACAUUCGAAGAUUACGUCUAUUGGUCCGAUUGGGACAAACAGACUAUAUUUAAAGCCAAUAAAUUUACGGGAAAAGAAGUCAAGUCGGUGACACCGCUCAGGUCCUUGCAAAAUCCGAUGGUUGUUCACGUUUAUCAUCCGUACAGACAACCCGACGGCACUAACCAGUGUCAAGCUGUCAAUGGACACUGUAGUCAUUUGUGCUUACCAGCUCCGAAAAUAAAUUCACGAUCGCCUGUUCUCAGUUGUGCUUGUCCCGACGGAUUGAGAUUAUUACCCGAUGGGCUAAUGUGUGUCGAAAACGUAACGACAACAGUGGAGCCUACGACACAAGAAUCAACACGGCCGUUCAGGAAGUUAGAACCUAUUAUUCCAACGACAACUGUUUCAGGACCUGCGGAUGCAGCUGAUGCUAACGGAAGCAGUAAUCCAGGCAACGAGCCAACAGAUCCUGGCUUGGUUGCUGGUAUAGUUAUUGGAGUAGUAACCUUAGGUCUUCUAUUACUUGCCCUGGUGGCAGUAUUAUGCUACAGGCAUUAUUUACAUCGCAACGUUACAAGUAUGAAUUUCGAUAAUCCAGUCUACAGAAAAACUACUGAAGAUCAGUUUAGCCUUGAAAAAAAUAGGUUCCCCUUACCUACGGCUACUGUUGGCGAAGAAGCACAAGAACCGCUCACAAGCCCUGGCACCAAUGACUACGUUUAAAAUUCGUAAC